GUUUCAGUUUUUCCUUCUUCCUUCUCUUCUCUAGCGAGCUCCGAUAUCUGUUAGCAGACGGACUCUCUUCAGUUUCAUCUCCUCGCGCAAUGGACCUUCCAUGUCAUGUCCUCCUUUCUCCCUAAAACCCUAACCCUUUCCGAGCUUCGUCUCCGUGCUGCUCCCUCCGGCUUCUCUGACCGGUAAUGGGCUGCAGUUCAUCGCUGAUGGCAUGCGCCGUGGUUCAGUUCGAUCGGUGAGCGUCGGAUCAGGCGAUGAGGCACUGAGAUUUCUUGUAGGAACGGCAUUUCCGUCACAAUGUCGUGGGGACUGGGGUGGAAGAGGCCGUCCGAGGUGUUCCGCCUGACUCUGACUUUCGGUACGGACGAUCCUACCCCCAUCGAGAUCGCUAAUCGGACGUCGGUGUCCUCGGAGACGUCGACCUCGUCGAAUUCUUCGCUGAGUUCACUGUCCCCGCGAGAUCAGGACCCGGGAUGCAGGAUCGACCUCGAUUGGACGGCCGGCGAUGACGAGGACCAGGUGGCCUUGAGGCUGCAGUCGCAGCUGAUGGUGGCGAUGCCCAUGCCGCAGGAUACUGUGGUGCUGGAGCUCAACUGUCAGGAGGAGGAUGAGAAUGUCGGCGUGGAAAUGAAGGUGGUGAGGAGGAGAGAGCCGCUUAAAGCGGUGGUUAUGAGCAAGUCCGCGGGCUCGGGUCAGCAGAACGAUGGGAUGGGGGUGCUUACGAGGCUCUUGCGGUGGAAUUUUGUUGAUUCGGCAGCCAGUGGAGAGGGCAAUGUGGGCUGUGGAGAGCACUGGAGGACUGUCACUGCGAUCAGCCUCAGUAGCUGCGGCUUGACGGUACUCCCUGUAGAGAUAACUCGAUUGCCUCACCUUGAGAAGCUGUAUCUUGAUAACAAUAAGCUUUCCGUAUUGCCACCUGAACUUGGGGAUUUAAAGAAUCUGAAGGUUCUGAGGGUUGACAAUAAUAUGCUGGUUUCCGUUCCUGUGGAACUUCGACAGUGCGUUGAACUGGUGGAAUUGUCGUUAGAACACAAUAAGCUUGUCCGACCUCUUCUUGAUUUCAGGGCUAUGGCUGAGUUGAGAGUUCUUCGGCUGUUUGGAAAUCCUCUGGAAUUCCUUCCUGAAAUUCUGCCCCUACACAAAUUACGCCACUUAUCUCUUGCUAAUAUUAGAAUUGUGGCUGAUGAGAAUCUGAGAUCUGUGAAUGUACAGAUAGAGAUGGAAAACAGUUCUUACUUUGUUGCAUCUAGGCACAAGCUAAGUGCAUUUUUCUCACUUAUAUUCCGCUUUUCUUCUUGCCAUCACCCUUUACUAGCAUCUGCACUCUCAAAGAUAAUGCAAGACCAGGGAAACCGCAUUUUUGUUGGUAAAGAUGAGAAUGCUGUGAGACAGCUAAUAAGCAUGAUCAGUAGUGACAAUCGACAUGUGGUUGAGCAAGCAUGCUCUGCUCUUUCAUCUCUUGCCGCGGAUGUUACUGUGGCACUGCAGUUGAUGAAAUGUGACAUUAUGAAACCAAUUGAAACCGUAUUGAGAUCUUUCAUGGCUGAAGAAGUGAUAUCUGUCUUGCAAGUAGUCAUAAGUUUAGCGUUUACUUCUGAUACCGUAUCACAGAAGAUGUUGACCAAGGAUGUAUUAAAAUCAUUAAAAUCAUUGUGUGCUCAUAAAGAUCCUGAGGUGCAAAGGCUAGCUUUGCUAGCGGUUGGAAAUUUGGGGUUUUGCUUAGAGAAUCGUCGAGUUCUGGUUACUUCUGAAAGCUUGCGCGAACUACUAUUACGGCUAACUGUUACACCUGUACCACGUGUAAAUAAAGCAGCUGCUCGGGCUUUAGCAAUUCUUGGAGAGAAUGAAAACCUACGGCGUUCCAUAAGGGGUAGACCAGUUUCAAAACAAGGAUUGCGCAUUCUUGCAAUGGAUGGAGGUGGCAUGAAAGGUCUGGCUACUGUUCAAAUGCUUAAAGAAAUUGAGAAGGGUACGGGAAAGCGGAUACAUGAAUUGUUUGAUCUGAUAUGUGGCACAUCAACUGGAGGAAUGCUUGCUGUUGCCCUUGCUAUCAAGCUAAUGACCCUGGAGCAGUGUGAAGAGAUAUAUAAAAACCUUGGCAAACUGGUAUUCGCUGAUCCUGUGCCAAAGGACAAUGAAGCUGCCAGUUGGCGAGAAAAGUUGGAUCAGCUCUACAAAAGUUCAUCCCAAAGUUUUAGAGUUGUCGUGCAUGGCUCUAAACAUAGUGCAGAUCAAUUCGAGAGGCUGUUGAGAGAAAUGUGCACUGAUGAAGAUGGAGAUCUUUUAAUAGAGUCUGCAGUGAAAAACAUUCCCAAAGUUUUCAUAGUUUCAACUUUGGUGAGCAUGAUGCCAGCUCAGCCUUUCUUAUUCCGCAAUUAUCAGUAUCCUGUCGGAACACCGGAAGUGCCUCUUGCAACAGCAGAAAGUUCGGGCAUCACUACUUUAGCUUCACCAACUGCUAGUGCUCAAGUUGGCUACAAACGCAGUGCUUUUAUUGGAAGUUGUAAGCAUCACGUAUGGCAAGCUAUUAGAGCUUCAUCUGCAGCUCCAUAUUAUCUUGAUGAUUUCUCUGAUGAUAUUCAUCGGUGGCAAGAUGGUGCAAUAGUAGCCAACAACCCUACAGUCUUUGCUAUUAGAGAAGCACAACUUCUGUGGCCUGACACAAAAAUUGACUGUCUUGUUUCACUUGGAUGUGGUUCUGUUCCAGCAAAGGUGCGAAAAGGGGGUUGGCGAUAUCUGGAUACUGGACAAGUCUUGAUAGAAAGUGCCUGUUCUGUUGAUCGUGUGGAGGAAGCUUUGAGUACGUUACUUCCAAUGCUUCCUGAAAUACAGUAUUAUCGAUUUAAUCCAGAUGGCAAAUACUCACAUAUUCCGCUAGUGGAUGAACGUUGUGGCAUGGAGCUGGAUGAAACUGAUCCAGCAGUAUGGCUAAAGUUGGAGGCUGCAACAGAGGAAUACAUUCAAAGCAAUUCUGAAGCCUUCAAAAGUGCCUGUGAAAGAUUAAUUAUGCCAUUCCAGCUUGAUGAUAGGUUUUCAGAGACCUCAAAGCCUCAGCACCAUCCGAAAGCUGCCCUUUCUACUUCAGGCCCUUCUUUAGGUUGGAGGCGGAAUGUACUCCUACUUGAAGCAUCAAAUAGCCCCUAUUCAGGUAGAACUGUUCACCAUGCUCGUGCCUUAGAGUCAUUCUGUUCCAGCAAUACCAUUAGGUUAUCUUCUGGGCACGAUAUAUUCGGAGCUUCAAAGGCAGCCCCACCAACAGCAUUCCCAACACCAUUUACAUCACCGAUGUUCACCGGAAGCUUCCCAUCGAGCCCUCUUAUUUAUAGUCCUGAUCUUAGCCACCAGAGGAUCGGCAGAAUCGAUCUGGUUCCACCACUAAGCUUAGAUGGAAAGCCAGUAAUGUCACCUCCAAAGUCUCCUUCAGGACCCAGAGAGCUCUCUAUACCAGUCCGCGCCUUGCAUGAAAAGUUACAGAAUUCGCCUCAAGUUGGCAUCAUUCAUUUGGCUCUGCAGACUGAUUCUUCUGGCUUGAUAUUAAGUUGGCAAAAUGACGUAUUUGUGGUAGCUGAGCCUGGGGAACUUGCAGAUAGGUUCCUGCAGAGUGUGAAGAUGAGCUUGCUCUCAAUGGUUCGGAGCCAUCAAAGGAAAGCUGUAUCUCAGCUUUCAAACAUUUCAAAUGUCGCUGAUUUGGUUGCCAUCAGACCAUACUUUCAAAUAGGAUGUGUUGCUCACCGGUAUAUUGGACGUCAAACCCAGGUCAUGGAAGAUGACCAAGAGAUAGCAGCAUAUAUGUUUCGAAGGACAGUCCCUUCCAUGCAUUUGACUGCUGAUGACGUUCGCUGGAUGGUUGGAGCUUGGAGAGAUCGGAUUAUAAUCUGCACGGGGAUGUAUGGCCCUGCACCAACUCUGAUCAAGGCUUUCCUAGACUCGGGUGCCAAAGCUGUGAUAAGCCCAUCAACUGACCCCCCUCCCGAGUCCCACCUCACAGCAUUCCAGUCUGGAGACUUUGACUAUUUAGAGAACGGAAGGUUCGAGAUCGGAGAGGAAGAAGUUGAUGAGGACGAGGAAGCAGAGCCCACAAGCCCCAUGAGUGAUUGGGAGGACAGUAAUCCUGAGAGUAGUGAGGACAACCAUCUCCCCCACAAGGGUUUCUGGGACGAUGAUGAGGCAGAGCUGUCUCAGUUUGUCUGCCAAUUGUAUGACUCAAUGUUCCGGGAAGGGGCGAGCGUGGAAGUCGCCCUCCAACAUGCUCUCGCUUCUCAUCGGAGGGUGAGGUACUCCUGCCAUCUGCCCAGUAAUCAUUAGUUUUCAUUUCUUAUUACUUUUUGUCCAUUUUAGCAGGACAGAGCUUACGCUUUUCUUUUCCGGUUAAGAGGGAGGGUCAUGGGCCUGAAGAGAGCUUACAUUUUGCAAGUGAUGCUAUACUGUGAAAUGGAUAGUAAAGAAAAGGAGAAAGCAAUUUAUAGAGAGGGUGAGAAGUAUAUGUUCAUAAAGAGUUAAACAGAGUAAGAGGGGAAUUAUUCAAAUUUUGAUGAGCGCCCCAACCCCCCCACAAAAAAAAAAAAGAGGCAAAUUCUUUCUCUGUAUUCUUUCAUUGAAAGAAUGUUGAUGGAAUUUUUGAACAGUUCAACACAUCUAUAUAAUACACACACACACACAUAUAUAGUAUAACUGAUGGAUAUAUAUAUUUUCCUUUCUAUUGUUUC